AUGGAACCAGAACACAACGUGGAAGAAGAAUCAACAACAUCUAUAUCAACUACAACACCACCUCAUUCACCACCUCAUCCACAACCUUUGUUGCCUUAUCCACACUUUACCAAUCAUACUCCAAUAUUAUUUCAACAUUCACCAAUAUUUGGUAAUUUACAGCUUAUUCGUAGUAAUCCUCAAUUAACUAAUUCGAUCGUCGAAAAUGAUGCAAGUAGUUCAAAUAGUACCGACUAUAAUAAUAGAAAUGAUAGAGAAAGAUGUCAAAGUGCUGCUAAUGCUCUUCAACAAUAUUCUUUAUUUGCAAUGCAUGUAAUACCUAGUGGAGAGUCUCCCGCAAAAACAAGAAUACGAAUGUUACGAGCCGAUUAA